AUGGCAGAAAAUUCUAACCCUACAGAAGCACUUGCAGUGAUAACAACAAAAGAGACUACCAAAACUAAUAAACGAACUGUAGAAAAUACAGACUCUGAUAAAGGAACUCAAGUAAGAAAAUAUGCAGGCUUAUUAUCAAUAUUCACUUUUGUGCUUUCUGUUUUGAUCAUUGCCUUAGCUAUUUGGUUGCUUUACAUGAGAGAUUACGACUGUGAGAAGCUCUUGAGGCUACCGAGAUUACAGAUGGGCAUUGGCAUUGGUUUGAUAUUUGUUUCCUUGAUUAGCAACAUUGUUGUGUUCUUGAGACCACGGUUUCCAGUGCCAGGUUUUUUCAUAGUUAUGGUGCCGUUGAUCGUGAUGUUCACAAUGGGACUUGCACUUGUGGGAGCUAACAAGAUGGAAAGCAGGAGAUUGGUGGCGACACCAAUGUGGUUCAGAGAAAAAAUCCGCAAUCAUGACGACUGGGAGAAUAUUAAAUCUUGCAUUUUCAGUUCAGGAACAUGCGAUGAUUUGGUGUCCAGGUCGUUGAAUCUCAAAGCAUUUGAUUUCAGUAUCAAGAAAUUAUCAUCUAUAGAGACUGGAUGUUGCAAACCACCAUCAAUAUGUCAAAUGGAGUAUGUGAACGCCACAUUUUGGAUAAAAGUUGACGGCGCAGUGGAUGAAUCACAACUGCAAUAUAGUGACUGUGCUACAUGGCGGAAUGAUCCAAGCACCCUGUGCUACAACUGCGGAUCUUGUAGACGUGGUUUUGUGAGAAUAAUGGAAAGUAAAUGGAGGAAUCUCGGAGUCCUCCUCAUCUUAAUGGGGUUACUUCUUGCUAUUGCUCACAUAUUAUUAUUCGUUAUGGUUAUGUGGGAGAGAUAA